AUGGCCGCCCCCGGGUGCCAGGAGCUCUGCGCCGAGGCGGUCGCGGUGCCGCUGAAGUCGUACAGGGACGACACGCAAGGCAGAGGCGGGGACAAGGGCACGACGCGGGACCUGCGGUCCGGCGUCGGCGGCGAGCUGAUGGAGAAGAUCGAGUGGAACGGGGAGGAGGUCGUGCCCGUGCGGAAGGACUUCGCCUUCCUGCACCCGAACGUUGAGGCGAAGCCCGAGGAGGACCCCGUGCGAUGCAAGCUGAGAUAG